AUGAGGACCUGCACUCCCGCCAGGUGGGGCGGGGCGGGGUGGGCAGGGGGGCCGGGCUGGGCCCCGGCAGGGCCGGGCCAGGGCUGGGCGUGCAAUAAUGGGUGUCUGGCAGUGUACGGCAAGGAGUCGAUGCGGCGCAUGGCCGCCUGCAACGUGCUGGUGUGCGGCGCGGGCGGGCUGGGCGUGGAAGUGGCCAAGAAUGUUGUCCUGGCCGGCGUGAAGUCGCUGACGCUGCACGACAGGGCAGAGGUGUCCCUCCGCGACCUGGGAGCCCAGUUCUACCUGACCCCGGGCGACGUGGGGCGUAACCGUGCUGAGGCCUGCAGGGAGGCGCUGCAGGAGCUGAACACCGCCGUGCCGGUGGCGGCCAGCAGCGCUGACCUGGACGACGCGCUGCUGGCGCAGUUCCAGGUGGUGGUGGCCACCGACACGCCGCUGGGCGAGUCGAUCCGCGUCGACGAAUUCUGCCGCGCCCACGGCAUCGCAUUCAUCAAGGCCGACGUGCGCGGCGUGUUUGCCCAGGUUUUCUGCGACUUUGGGCCCGCCUUCCAAGUUCUGGACGUAGACGGCGAGGAGCCGCACACGGGCAUCGUGGCUGGCAUCACCCCCGGCAACCCCACGCUGGUGACGACGGUGGAGGAUGAGCGGCUGGAAUUCCAGGACGGCGAGGAGGUGACGCUGAGCGAGGUGGUGGGCAUGAGCGAGCUCAACGGCCGGGCGCCGAUCCGGGUGAAGGGCUGCAAGGCGCAUUCUUUCUACCUGGAGAUCGAUUCCACCAACUUCAGCCCCUACCAGCGCGGCGGCAUCGUGACGCAGCACAAGGGCAGCAAGACGCUGGCCUUUAAGCCGCUGGCGCAGGCGCUGGGGGAGCCGGGAGAGUUCCUGCUCUCCGACUUCUCCAAGCUGGAGCGCUCCCCGCUGCUGCACGUCGGCUUCCAGGCGCUGGAUGCCUUCCAGGCGGCACAGGGCCGCCUGCCCGAGCCGGGUAAUGAGGCGGAUGCGGCGGCGGUGGUGGCUCAGGCCAAGGCCAUCAACGAGGCCGCCUCCGACAAGGUGGAGCUGGACGAGGGCGUGCUGCGCAAGCUGGCCGGUACCGCCCGCGCCUGCCUCAACCCGAUGGCGGCCAUGUUUGGCGGCGUGGUGGGGCAGGAGGUGGUCAAGGCCGCCUCCGGCAAGUUCCACCCCCUCCACCAGUGGUUCUACUUUGACUCGAUAGAGAGCCUGCCCGACGAGCCGCUGGCGGAGGAGGAGGUGGCGCCCCAGGGAUCCCGCUACGACGACAACAUCGCGGUGUUUGGGCGCAGCCUGCAGGCCAAGGUUGAGGGGCUCAAGGUGUUCCUGGUGAGGGCGGUGUGGCGUGGCUGUGAGCGGUGCGGCAGCUUUGAGGAGUGCGUGGGCUGGGCGCGGCGCAAGUUCCAGCAGCAGUUCCACGACCGCAUCGCGCAGGCGAAGUUGAUUGCAGGGCGGAUCAUCCCGGCCAUCGCCACCACCACCGCCAUGGCCACAGGCCUGGUGUGCCUGGAGCUGUACAAGAUAGUGCAGAAAAAGCCGGUGGAGGCGUACCGCAACACCUUUGCCAACCUGGCGCUGCCGCUGUUUGCCAUGGCGGAGCCCAUCCCGCCAAAGGUGGGCGGGCUGGAGUGCAUGCACGACCUGCUGGACUGCGCCGCCCGCCUGCUGCGCACGCGCGGGCGCCUGGCCUACUGGCUGGCCGCCGCCCCGGGGUACUUUGAGGCGGAGCUGCCCGAGCACCCCAUGCUGCGGGUGGUGGCCAACUGCGAGCAGAUACUGUCUUCACGGUACACCCGCCGCCUGAUCGUGAUGGAGAAAGUGAGGCCGUACGAUGCGGCCGCCGCGCAGGCCUACUUUGAGCGGCGCGGGCCGCCCAAGAUGUCUGUGGAUGACAUGCACGACCACGUGUACAAGAGCCCCGCACAGGCACGCCCUCUGCAUGCUUGUGCUGCCCUUGUUGUCAUCCCCACCACNCCCGCCGCCGCCAUGGCCUCGCUACCUGUGGCCGUGCUGGGCACCGCCAGCCCGGCGCAGGAGGCCAUCCUCGCCCACCUGUCGCUGCGGGACAAGCUGCGCGUGGCUGCCAGCUGCACCGCCCUGUACGGCUCAAGCCUGGCAUGGUUCCAGGAGGCCGAUGUGGUGGUGACGCCCACCGUGACUGAUGUGGCGGCGGUGGCGGCCUGGCUGCACAAGCAUGGAGCUCGUGCAAACGUAUUACUUUUUCUGCCACCCAGCCAUCCUGGCAAGCUGGACAUCAGCCAGGAGGAGGUGUGCGCCUGCCUGAGCGCCAUGCCGGCCGGCCUGGUGGCUUCGCUGGCUGCUGGCCAUUACAUUGAAGGGCUCCAAGCUCUGCUCCCCACCAGCGCCCUGGCACGCCUCACACACCUGACCUCUCUGGAGCUGUCUUGGCGUAGCAGCUUCUACCCAACAGGCUAUGUGGCCAGCCUGUGGCCGCUCACAGCGCUGCGCCGGCUGCAGCUGGACUGCGCUCAUUGCACCGGCGGCUGGCUUGGCCUGGCUGCCCUGAGCCGGCUGCAGCACCUGGAGAUGAACUGCCGUACUGAGCCUCCCUUCGAAGACCUGCCAGCCGGCCUUUCCACUCUGACGGCCCUCACCUUUCUGAGCCUCGUAGCGGACGAAGACGCGGUUCCUGAAAAUGCCAUCCGCGCCCAGCACCUGCAGCGGCUGAGCCUGUUGCAGCAUUUGGGCCUGGACGGCGUCGUCACCAGCGAUGAUGUGGCGGCGGCGCUGCCUGCGCUGCCUGCGCUGACCUAUCUCUACUGCUGCGCCAUUGACCAGCAUCCUGCGGCAGCAGCAGUGAGCUGGCACAAUUUGUGCAGGCUGACAGCGCUACAAGAACUUUCUCUCAGCAGGUGCCGUAUUCAGCAGCUGCCCUCACUGCUGCCACAGCUCACUGCGCUGACCAGGUUGAGCAUCGAGUCUCAUGACUGCCUUGCACUGCUGGCGCUGCUGCCUGACCUGCGGCAGCUGGAAUGUCUGGAGCUUUGCUGUUGUGACCUGGCAGCCGUGCCGGAGGAGCUGUCGGCGGUGACUGCCCUGACGCGCUUGGACCUGUCAGAGAACGAUGCAAUGGCGGGCGGCUGGCAGCACCUUCGCCCGCUCACCCGCCUGCGGGAGCUGAAUCUGAGCAGUGUGCCGCUGCCCAACGGCGUGCCCCCAGAGGUGUCCGCGCUGCCUGAGCUGGAGCGCCUGCUUCCAAUUACCCUCCGCCCCUGAGGGGGCAGCAACCCGCCCAAUCCACCUUCGCUUGUGAUGGGGUAGCAACCUGCAGGAAUGCAUAU